AUGGUGACUGAAAAUAGGAUUAUGAAGAAAAUAGUGAACGAAACGGAAAAUAUUUGUUGUAUUGGUUAUCGCAUGACAGAUCAAAAAUGCAAGAGAUGUCCUUACAAUUAUUAUGGAAAAGAGUGCGUCAGCCAUUGCGAUUGUGUUAAUUCUGAUGGGUGUGAUCAUAUAAAUGGAACUUGUUUCUGUGAACCAGGCUGGAAAGGUAAAAGAUGUAAUUCUCCUUGUAAAAACGGCACGUAUGGCCUCAACUGCCAACAAAAUUGCCUAUGCAGAAAUGGCGCUACGUGUGAUCACAUUGACGGGUCAUGUAAAUGUGCCCCGGGAUGGCUAGGAAGACGUUGUGACUCUACUUGCUUAAAAGAAACUUACGGGCAAGACUGCACCCAUAUUUGUAAGUGCAAAAAUGGUGGAAGAUGUAGCCAUGUUGAUGGUAGAUGUACGUGUAGACCUGGAUGGAUUGGAACCCACUGUACCUCCGUUUGUCCCGGUGGAACGUAUGGAAGAAACUGUAAACGGAAUUGUUUAUGCAGAAACGGUGGUAGGUGUGAUCCUAUCAGUGGAUAUUGUACAUGCAAUCCAGGGUGGAUAGAGACAUAUUGUGAUUAUCCUUGCCCAAAUGGAACCUAUGGAAAUGAUUGUAAAGAUGUGUGUCAAUGCAAAAAUAAUGCAUCUUGUAAUCCGGUCGAUGGUACAUGUAAGUGUCUUUCGGGAUGGAUUGGGAAAUUUUGCAAUUAUCCUUGUUCAAAUGAGACGUACGGAAGAGAUUGCAAAGGUGUCUGUCAGUGCAAAAAUAAUGCUUCUUGUAAUCCCGUCGAUGGUACGUGUAAAUGUUUUCCCGGAUGGACAGGACUUUAUUGUGAAACGAAUUGUUCUGUUUAUAGCAAGAACUGUAAACAAAAUUGCUCUUCUCAAACUAGUUUAAUUUGCAAUCCUCAGAACGGAUCCUUCACCUGCGUCUCAGGGUGCCAAUCAAUUCAAGAAGAUUCAGCAACAAGUUGUUUGCAGAAAUGCCAGUGUCAAAAUCAAGAAGACUGCAAUCAAGACAAUAAUACCUCUUGGAAUCAUGAGAAUAUGAAAUUUCAAGGUGUGGCUGAGAUGUGCUUUUCUGCACUGUUAUUGACAACCAUCUUAUCCGCAGGUUUUGCCUGCAUUCUUUGUAUCAUUAUGAUGGCAAGAAAGUUCUUCACGAAAAGCUUCACUACGGCAAUUAAUUGGGUCCCAAUGAAGAUUUUCAUCUCAAGUGAAGCUGAAGCACGACAAAACUUAUCAGAUCACAUCUAAAAUCGGCAGAAAAUAGCUAACAUCAAUCGGCUCAACAAGAGGCAAGACCGAUUUUCCAGAUUGAAAAGCUUAAUGUAAAGUUAUUUUUCCUGUAAUAGAAAAAAGCCGAUCAAAUGGAACUUAAUGGAAUCAGAGAUCCAAUCCGAAUCUUGUAAUGAAUUGUAUAAAAUGAGUUUUUUUUUUUUUUUUGAAGAAGUUAGAGAAAUGUUUUUUCAUGAUGUGCGUACAUACAUUUUCUUUAUGAUUGUCGAUGUUUGUAUUCUAGUGUGGAAAGCAAGUUCAAUAAAAGUCAACA